AAUAAGAAGUUACUCACUGCUGCUGAAAAUGGAAACUUAGAAGAAGUGAGAUUAGCUCUCAGUGAAGGAGCUAAUAUUGAUACACAGGAUAAGGACGGUGGUACUCCUUUGCAUUUUGCAUCCCAAAGAGGUCAUGUGGACACUAUACGUUACCUCAUCUCUCAAGGAGCAGACACUACCAUUAAAAACAAGAGGGGCCAUACUCCAAUGGAUAAAGUCAAGGCACAUGAUCCAAACAGAGAUGAGAUAAUAAAAUUUUUUGAUGAAAAAGAUGAAACUGAUGAAACUGAUAGAAAGAACAAGAACACACCUUUACACGAGGCAGCAUGGCGUGGAUAUACUGAUAUAGCACAAGUGUUGAUAGAGCAUGGUGCUAGCCUCAGAGCUACCAAUACAGAUAAGAGUUUACUAGAAGCUAUCCGAUUCUGGAGAUUUAGAGGAGUAAAAUCUGCAAUUGAGAAGGGAGCUGAUUUAAACAUUCUUGACAGUGAUGGUAGCAGUCCAUUACACCUUGCAUGUAGAGGAGGCCAUUUGGAGACUACAGGCUACCUAAUAUCUAAAGGAGCAAACACUAUCAUUAAGGAUAAAAGUGGCAGAACUCCUGUGGAUGAAAUCAAACAUCAUGCUACUAACAGAGGAUGA